UCCACUCCACUAAUUCCACUACACCAAACUUUCCACCUACUCCCUUCCCCACCACACGCAAGAAUGCAUCUAACAUUCCAUUAUACAGGCAACAAUCUUUUCAUCAUCUUCAUUCUUCACUAAGGAACCGAAGAGCAGCCACGAGUUCUGCCAUAAGUACACUGCUCCGGCAGUGUUUUGCAAGGCGAUUCCAGCCAUCCAAAAGGUUCCCAAAAAUUCCCAAAUUAAUUGUGUAUCAUCUUUCAUAUGUUUUCUAUACUUUGGCAAAAUUUCAGAAGGUUUGAAGCUCUUAUGAUUUAUUUAUGAAUUUGUAAACAUCACUGCCCAUCUGGAAUACAUUUUUGGUAAACAAUCUUUGGGAGGCCAUAAGUAAAGUUUCAAUCGGUGAAAACCUUUGAAACUUGAAUAUGUCACUCUAGACUCCCGUAUCUUUCUUUUGACAUCGGCCUCACCAUUUUUGAAUAAGGGAAACAACCGGUAUAAAUUCUUGAAAUCUAGUUCUUAUUCCAUGUACCAUCCAGUAGAUUUUACAAACCUACGACUUUGAGGUGGCAAAGCCCGACUUAAAUCUUUGAUUCUCAAGCCUAGCUUUCUACUGAAUAUUCAAUGACAUGUUGGGAACUUACUUGCUUAGUUUUAGAAUUUUUGGUGAAGCCUAAAGUUGGUUUUCUGAUUUAUGUUAUGAAUCUGCCAAACUUGAACGCUUUUUGUGCACUGAACUUUAGACAGUCAUAUCUUCUAAACCAUGAAUGUUCUUAGAUUAAAUCCAACUGGAGAGUGUUAUGAUCUCUCCCUAGUUUCCAGAUUGACCCUUGGGGUUCCCAGUGGAGUUUUGUAAAGGGAGAUAUGAAUUUUCAAAGAAAGCCCACUGACUUGGUUGUAAUCUGGAAAUCUGAAAUUUUCAGAUUUUUGCUUGUUAAAUACCCAUCUUUGAGAGGGCAUAUCUUGCUCGUUUGAAUUGUUUUUCAUUCGAUUCAAAUUGGAGAAUGAUCCUUGAAAUGUCUAGUUUCCAGAAUGUCUUUUGGAGCAUCAUUUGGAGAUCCGAGGCAGAUUUGGUGUCUGUUGCAAAACAACCCCUUAAGAGCUCAAGUUGUUGAAUUAUUUUCUAUGUAUCAAAGUUUAUUUUAAAGGAUGUUUCAUGAAAGAUUUCGUAUAUGUGCGUAACAAGUUUGGGACUAUUUAUUUUAAAUGAGGUCCGUUCUUUAUUUAAAUUAUGAUGGACUUUUAAUGAAUAUUUUUGGGAUUAAACUCUUAUUUCUUGAUUUAUAUAAAUUAUUUUUUUUAAGGACUUAUAAAUAUGAAUUUCGUAGGCCUACUGACCUACUGUGAUCGACGGUUUGUCGAUGUCUAAUAGCUUUGAAAAUUUUAUAGCAAGUCCUGACAUGAGUCUUGAGUACCCUGGUAAAAUUUCAAGCCAUUCCAACUUCGUUUGAUACUUCUUUAAAAUGCAAAACCUAAACUGCACAUAACUACCGAGAAUUUCAGAGAACAGAUGAAAGAGUCAUUUAUUUCAGUAGCUUCCUGUGUGAUCUAGCUUUCCAAAUUUUUAUGGUAUUAACCUUAUUGUGUUAGCUAGAUAUCCACCAAAGUUGAGCCCAGUUUGACAACGUUUACUAUUUGUCAAAAAUCCAAGUUUUCGAUUGUUCAAAACUGCCGAACAUGGUAGAUCGUGGUAAAAACGUCAUAUCUCUCAAACCACUUGGAGUUUUCGACUCUACUUUUUUUUAUAUGAAACUAGAUUCGAAGAUCUUUCUUUCGGUAUGAGUCUCGAGUCCAGGAGAUGUCGGAGUCAGAACAGAUUAAAUUUUGAAGUUGAGUCAGUGUAAAAAUAGAGCAUGUUUUAAUGAUGUUUUUGGACUUCGGACUUUAAAGCGAACUAUUAUCAUUUAUUUCUUUAAAGCCACUGGUUUAUUUAAUUAAUUGGCUACUCUCUUUUGAGCCUAUUAAUUAUUUGAGGUUACGCUAGUAAUGAUGUAACGAAUUAUGGAUGCUAGAACCCUAAAACACUAAAAGAUACCCUAGGCACGUAGAAUUAGACUUUGUCUUAUGACAAUUACUUCACGAACUUAUCGACUCUUCAUCAAUGAAGGUCCGGGCGACAGAAAGUGAAGCCGAAGAAGAAACGACUCCACGCCAGCUUUAAGAACAAUUGAGAAUGCCGCCUAAGAGAGGACGCCCUGCGAGAAACAAUAACAAUCGCAGAAAUCGUAACGUUGUACCCGAAGAACCACAAGAUGCUCGAGGACAUAACCCAUGCCCUCCGCCCCCGACUAGGAGAGUCGAAGAACUCUUUUUAAGGCAGAACCCACCUACGUUUGACGGAACAAGUGAACCAGCUGAAGCUGAGAUUUGGGUGCGUGCAAUGGAACGCAUCUUCAACUUCCUACGUUGUACUGAUGAGGAGCGCCUAUCUUGCGUCUCGUUCCAACUAACAGGAUCAGCUGACUUCUGGUGGGAAGCACGACGAAAAAUCCUGACACCGGAACAAUGGGCAAUCUAUACUUGGGAAGAUUUUAAGACGGGAUUAUAUGAUAAAUAUAUCCCGAAAAGCUAUAGAAAGAAGAAAGAAGCUGAGUUCUACGAGUUAAAGCAAGGAAAGAAAUCUGUGGUUGAAUACGACAAGGAAUUCUGCAACCUGUCGAGGUUUGCUCCACAACAAGUGGACACAGAGGAGAAGAUGGCAGAGAAAUUUUGUGCCGGACUGCGGUACGAAAUUAGGAUGGCUCUAGCAAGCCACGGAGGACUCUCAUACACGGAGUCUCUGAACAGGGCACUUGACAUUGAAGCUGCAAUGCCGUCGGACAAGUCAGCCCCAUUGUUGAUCUCAACGCCAAAAGACUUACCAGUAGCCUCACAUACUCUCAAAGGGAAGCGCAAGUGGGACAACAACGAAGACAAUAUCAAUCAGACCAGUAAGAAAGUGUGGCAAGAAAAUGAACGGGCCGAACAGUUUAUUCAACCAAGGUACGAGGCACAAACUAAUCUCAAGCCAACUGGGGGUAACCAAGGUCAGAAAGGAGUUUUACCUUGCCCAAAUUGUGGUAAGAUGCAUAGAGGUGUUUGUCGGGCUGGAACUAACGGUUGUUACAAUUGUGGCCAAAAAGGUCACUACUCCACGCAAUGCCCCAACAAACAACGAGGUUCAACAAUUGAGAACACCCACACCCCCUUGCCAGCAAUACGUGGACACUUGCGAAAUCAGCCUCAAUCACAUCAGUGAAAAUCUUAUGGAGACACCGCAGACAAGAGAAGCUACGCGGGAACUUGAAGACAAGAUGAAGGAAAAAUACCCCGAACUGUUUUAGCAGAGAUAUGCAAAUUUCGGGACGAAAUUUUUGUUAAGAGGGGUAGUAUGUAGUAGCCCGCUCUUUUAUUUAUGAUUAAAACUAGUAAA